UUGACAAUAGCGCACCGCAUAUCACACGGCGAUGCCAUACGGCUGGGCUGUAUGGCCGGCCAUCAACUGCAAGGGGCGCCCACUAUGCGGUGCUGGUACGGCGAGUGGACGAGUCCGCAGCCGCAGUGCAUCGCCGCCCCCUGCGCUCUGCCCACCAUUAGAAAUGGUUACUAUUCGGGCGGUUACCGCUCCGGACUCACCAUUUCUCACGGCUCUGUCAUUGAGUUUCACUGCAAACCCAAUUACGUUCGGGGCGUUCAGGAGCCGCCCCGUUGUUUCGAGGGCCGGCUUAUGCCCGAACCACCCCAUUGUAUUGAACACGACUUAGUUAUGAAUGUCAUCGACGAUAAGGCCAUAAACGCUGACGAAUCGGUAAUAUCUGUGCCAAAAACACAAGUAUUAUCACCGACUGGUGGGUCGGAGUCGACCAUAACCUACAACACUAGCACUCCAUCUGAGAUGCUUUGGUGCGAACCUCCGGACAAACUGGAAAACGUACUCAAAUACGAGUCCACUUUCAGCGCUAAUCAUUUGCCACUCAUUAGUAUCGCACAAAUCAAUUCAAAUGACAAUAACGACGACAACAACAACACGACUACAGCACAGUCCACAACAGCCGACAGCACCCCCUCAACAGCCGCACCCAUCACCACAACGCCCAUCACUGCCACCACUGUGUUCGCCAAACUCAUUGAAAUGACCACAACUUAUUUCACCGACUUUUUAAACAUAACUGAUUUAAGCAAAGGCUUGGCAUUAAGUGCCGCCGACAAUAAGAGCGUCGAUAUAACGGAUACGACGACCGCCGCCGGCCCUCAGGAGAAGGUAUACCAUCCGCACGGGACGGAAAUUGUGUUCAAUUGUUUGCCGGCGAUGAAUGGCCAGCGAAACACGUGGACAAUCACGUGCGAAGACGGCGGUUGGAUUGGCCGGGCGUCUAAAUGCGGUAAAAAAGACAACUUCACAUUACAUGAUAUAUUUGUGGCCAAAAAAUUUGAGGAAGAUAUGGCGGCGUUGGAGCUGCGGAAGAAUAACACCUGUGUCUACACGAACGUCGACCCAAACGUGUGGGCGUUUAUCGGCGACCAGCGGAUCGAAGAGUACACAGAGCUGUCGGCCGGCACUCAACUCAUCAUACGGUGCAAAGACAUCGGCAAAUACAACCUCAUUGGCAGCAAAACACGGAAAUGCGUUUACGGCGAGUGGGACGGCGACCGACCGCAAUGUUUUGGCCUCUCCCAGGAGAACGAUUACGCUCUGGAAAAGCCGCCGACUAUACUAUUCCGGCACCAAUUGGGACCAAUAGCCCAGAGUGUGGACGGAAAGCUGAUUGUAUAUCCGGGCACUAUAUUGCACUUGGAGUGCCUCUGGAAACGCAAGUUUGGCGCACCCGUAUGGGAAUGGAGCCAUUCGUUCCGCAAAUAUAACCAGGAUUGGACAACAGAGUCGGGUCGCGAUUCUGGCCUAGAAUUUCGUUUAAGUAUAUUUCACGCCCAGAAGGAGGACUCCGGGCUCUACACGUGCCGAACACCCAAUUAUCACAGACACUCUGUGGAGAUAAUUGUCAAACCUGUUCAUUGUUCAGCGCUGGUAGAGAGCGAUGGACUGAAGAUUAUAAGCCCGAGCACUAAAAUGAACGCCAAAGCCUUGUUCACGUGUCGGCCCGGUAUGAAACUGAACGGCACCGAUAGUGCCGAGUGUCUGCCAUCAGGCAAUUGGUCCGCAGACACCCCGACGUGUAUUAUAACCGAAUGCCCGGAUCUGACGAAUAGCACCGACAUUACGAUUACUGAUAACCAAACGGACCCGAGAUCUAUGUUGAAGACGACGAUGAAUGGCCGAUAUGUCGAGGUAUUUUGCGAGACACCAGUCAUACCAACACAUGGUUAUCUACAGGGCGACAAAAUACAGCGCUUUCGGGGCGGCGAUAUCGUACAGUUCACGUGCGAUACCGGGUAUAUGCUUGAGGGCAACCCCAUUGUCAUCUGUCAGGAGAACAGCCGCUGGUCGGGUCCGCCGCCCAACUGUGUGCCCGCGUGCACAUACCCGGGCACAACACACGGCGGCAUUAUAUCGAUCGUCAAGUUCUUCUACAGCGUGAACGAGACGGUGAGGUUUGAAUGCGCCGACGGGUACGACAUGAGGGGU